AUGCUGUGGACCAACAGUGUAUCAUGGCACGUUUCGCCGGCUCGACCAGCUAUCCUGACCUCGGUCACUAAUAUCUGGGCCGGUGUCCAGGACCUGUCGCUGCAGAAUCUCCGCUUGAGUGAAGAUGUCGACGAGAUUCACUGUGUAUUUUGUUUGGCUGAGGACGAGGAACAAGCAACCGAAUGCGUAAUCCUGCGUUGCGAUCAGUGCCGAGCGCAGGCCCAUCUUUCCUGCGCCGAAGAGUGGUUGGAAAAGCGACGGACAGGCUUUGGCACGUCAUGCUGUGUGUGUCGAAAUGAAGGAAGUCUGGACGCCUUGAUUCGUCCAGUCCGAGUCCCCUCGGCAAGCGAACCAUCAACUGAUAGAGAGCCUGUCACCGUCAGACAUUCAGCACCAAACGAACCUCGUCAGAGUCAGCUGCCUCAGCGAUCAAUGGGAUCCCCACGGGUGUCAGUCGAGCAGAGUGGGCCGCGUCGCUCAGCCAGAGUGGCAGGGACUCAUCUACCGCGAGACCCGUCUACCUCUGCACCGCUUCACCGGUCGGCACGACUGAAUUCCACUCAACGUAGGUGA